ACAUAGCAAAUUCAAUGGAAUGUGGGUUUAUCAGCCAACAGCAGGAGGAUGUUUUUUGAAGUUCAUAGUUACAAUAAUUGAAAUCAAAGAAGAAAAGUAAUAUUUUUUAUUUCUCCGAAAGACGUUAACGGGAAUGUGAAAGUGCCGAUGCUCGUGCCAAAUGACCAGUGGCGGCGGCUAAUAAAUUAAACCAAGAAUUUUGAGUACACCAUGGAUUAGUGCGGGUCGUGACACGUAUCCAGCCGCAGAAUAUCGUAAACAAAACAAACGAAUUUAAGUUUACCGUAAAGCCACAAAUAACUACUAAACAUGGCUCUAACAAUGGAGAAGAAAAAUGAUCUUGACUUUAUCAUGAAGAACUUGUUGGCUGGAGGUGUUGCCGGCAUGUGUGCCAAGACAACUGUAGCACCUCUAGACCGCAUCAAGAUCCUGCUGCAAGCCCAGUCCAUACACUACAAGCACCAUGGAGUCAUUGGCGGGCUUGUGGCCAUAGUCAAGCAGGAGUCGCUACUGGCGCUGUAUAAGGGGAAUGGAGCUCAAAUGGUCCGGAUAUUCCCGUAUGCUGCUACACAGUUUACGAGCUUCGAGAUUUAUAAAAAGUACCUAAGCGGUCUAAGCAUCCCGAUGGUCCAGCACGGCGACAAGUUCGUCGCGGGCGCCGGCGCCGGCGUCACCGCCGUCACGCUCACCUACCCCCUCGACACGAUACGCGCGCGCCUAGCGUUCCAAGUGACGGGCGAACAUCGCUACACGGGCAUCGCGCACGCCGCGUCCACCAUGCUCCGCACGGAGGGCGGUAUCCGCGCGCUAUACCGCGGCUUCGUGCCGACGCUCUGCGGGAUGGUCCCUUACGCCGGCUUCAGCUUCUACUGCUUCGAGUCCUUGAAGUUCUUCUGCAUGAAAUAUCUACCCACGUCGCUGUGUCGCAAGUGUGAGAGGAACACUGGCGGGCUAGUACUAACGGUGCCCGGCAAGCUGCUCUGCGGCGGUUUAGCCGGAGCGGUUGCUCAGAGCGUAUCGUACCCGCUCGACGUGACGCGGCGACGCAUGCAGCUGGCCUGCAUGGACCCGGCCACCGCACAGUUCGGCCACGGUAUGAUCCGAACUCUGACGCUCAUCUACCGCGAGAAUGGCAUCGCGAAGGGGCUGUACCGCGGCAUGAGCAUCAACUACAUCCGCGCCAUCCCCAUGGUCGCCACCUCCUUCUCCACGUACGAGCUCAUGAAGCAGCUGCUGCAACUCGACACCGGCAUGAAGGUCGCGUAAGUGUAAGGCCUGAGUGGCCGCUGGAGUGGAGGCGAGCAGCGCGGCGAGCUCGCUGCUCAAACCUUGGACGCAACGCUGCAACGCCCCGCCGGUCGCUUGCCACUGUAGCGUCCUCUAUACUAUGACCGCGGCUGCCAAAUCGUCCUACUUUGACGCUUGCCACAAGGUCGCAUUAACAGGCUAUUCGUAUAAAGAUACAAGCAAAUGUCAUCCUUAUGGCAAGCGACAAUGUGGGACGUUUGCCGGCCGCGGUAACUAAUAUUUAUUUCGCUAUGUGCGAAUUUCGUAACGGAAACACAAGCGACAACAAAUUGGAGAAAAUGUGAACUCUCGUGGGACAUAAUAUUUGACAGUUGUCAGAUAGCCAGUGUCCCAUUAUACGAUGGAGCGGCGCCAGUCAUGCACGAAACGAGUGAAAAGGAUCGGACCCUAAUGUUCCUGUUGGUUAUUGUUUUAAAACGGUAAGCACUGGUUGAGAUUAUCGUGCUUGUAAGUUUUUACGCUCGCCUUUCGCUUUUACUCCCUUCCCUUUAAAGUAGUCAAAGCAAUUGAAGAAUUAUUGACAGAGACAUUAGUGGUUUCAACAUUUUGUAAGAUUGAGACUGAACCAGCAAAAUAUUGGCCGAUAUUACUAUUUCAGUUUAAUUUCGGCUAUACCUAAACUUAGCAAAAUUAAGAAAACGACAUUAAGUUUUGUAAAGACAUCUUAGGCUAAGCGUAGGAAACGUCAAUUCUACUUUUAAAAUAUUUCAGCAUCUAUUUAUUAUAGGUUUAAGUUUAAUAUCCGCUAUUAAAUAGCACUUUUUAUUACACCGACAUGAAGUAGUCGAUUCUUUCUGUAGUACAAAUUAUUUUCAUUACCAGGACAUCCGCAAUCUUCUAAAACUAUGUUUGUUUCUAUGAAACACUGCAACUGAUGUGAUGCGGCAAUAUUAUUUUAAAAUCUUGUUAAGUAUCAUAAGUAUUACACCAUAAACUACAGUUUCUUAUAUUUGUAUUUAGUUUCGUUAUAGCAAAGAUAUAUUGAUUGAGUAAGAUGCAUAAAAUCUAAGACAAUUUCGUGCUUCGACUUUGACAGGUAAACGAGAUGGUUACUCUGAUUGUCAAAAGUUGACGUUUGACAAUUCAGUGACCGCAAAACAUAUGGCGCAGUACAGCGCCAUCUGUUUUGGAUGUCAAACUAAGGGGCACGUUCUUUCUUUAGACUUUACUCUAUUACAAUCAAUUCUCUUUGGUUAUAGAUUCGGUGCAUUGGGAUAACUCCGAAUUCAAAUUCCAAAAUCCGAAAGCGGGGUAAUUUUGAAAAUAGCUAAAAUACUUCAAGAACACGCUACUGUCUUAUCAAGGCAUCAUACUUACUAUUACUGCAAUAGACAGACCUUCUAGUUUAAAAAAAAAUAGCAAUAUUACAAGUUAUCCUGCUUUUGAAGUUACCCCAAUCAAAGAGAAUUUGAAAUAGAGGUGGAUUGUCAAAGAAAACUUGGUAAACACAGUAAAUUUACUGCCAUCUUUCGACACAUGAUUAAAACUUUUAGAACGCCAUUUGACUUUAAUCCUUAUUCUUUUACUGUUAUGUGUUAAAUUGGUUAAAUAUCAAAAAAUGGCGCCAUCUACUCGAGCAUAGGCCAAAGGUAUGGCAUUAUCGCUCGAAAAGAUGCCGUCAUUGCCGCCAUACCUUUGGCUUAUGUUCUAGGUAUAGCGGCUAACCUCUAUUUCAAAUUCUCUUGGUUUUCAAAUUUUUAAGGUAAUAAUUAUUUAAUAAUUUAUUGAAUUGAUAAAGAUACGGUCACGUCUGAAGAUAUCGUUACAAAAAAGUGCCAAAAAUAUGUAUACACGACUUUAUUGCCCGUAUAUUAAGGUGGUGUAUACAUGUUUUUGGGACAUUUCUCUUAUCGAUAUUUUCAAACAUGACUGUACAUGAUAAACUUCUACUUUAAUGCAAUAUGAAGAUGAUAAGCAAAUAGUAUUGAGCUCAUAUGUAGCUUUAAUAGUAUAAGAUACAUGUUUGCAAUUUUAUAAUCAUAACACUUGUGAGAAACUUCCUAGACAUUAUCUGCGAGUUGGCCACAGGUGCACCAAGUAUUACAACUGGUUGUUCUCUGGUACAAACCAUUCAUCUCCUUCAUUUGCGGUCUGUUAGAAAAGGAAGAAUGCUAAAUGUUGAAGUUAGAUGUGUUGCUCUACUAAAAGUAGUACAUUUGUUGAUGCUUAUUACCUUCUUUAAUUAGGUAAUAUGAUAAUGUGAACAUACAUUUUGUAUGUAUAAUGUAUACAAGGUUAUUUAGGUUCUCUUAAUUCAUGACAGUAUAAAUUAAUAAAUAGGUAGUUUAAAACAAUUCAUUCCAAUAAAGUCAAAAUACAUUCUGUUUCUCAUGAUAUUGUUUAGAAGAAUCUUUCAUUUAAAGUUUAUUUUUGGACGAGUUUAUAUUUAAUUUUUUUUGUGUUAAGUAUAUUUUAGUACUCGUAGUUAAAUAUCGUAUUGAACAAUUUUGUUGAUUUAAAAUGUAUCAAUACCAAAGAUGCGCGACAAGUACACGAGCGUCGACAUAAAGCUGUAUUUAUGAGAAUAAAAUUAUAUUUUCUUUUAA